CUAGAGGGUGUAGUGUAGGACUUUGUGGACUUUUCAAAGUUUCCACCAAACUCGACGGAGUUUAUGGAUCCUCACAAAAUCACAGGUUCAACUCCAACCCAGUGAACCCCUCCACCUCGCGCGCGCCUUCCUCCACCAAACCCUAACCCUCGCAACCCCACCCCGCGAGCGCCACGCCAUGCCUUCCUCCUCCUCUCGCCGCCGCCGCCGCCGCGGCCGCCGCCGCAAGAAGAAGGAGGAGGAGGCGAGGGACUGGGCCGAUGGCCUGCCGCUGGACGCGAUCCUGGCCAUCUUCCACAAGCUCGGCCACGCCGACAUCCUCAUGGCCGCCGACCAGGUGUGUGCCACCUGGCGCCGCGCCGCGCGGGACGAGCCCGCGCUGUGGCGGCGCAUCACCGUGCGCGGGACCGAGGCGCUCUCCGCCAGGAUCAACCGCGGCGGCUUGGCCUGCGCCGCCGUCCGCCGCAGCGCGGGCCAGUGCGAGGCCUUCUGCGGCGAGUACGCCGGCGACGAUGGCUUCCUCGUGUACCUCACCGAGCAGGCCUCCUGUUUGAAGAGCCUUCGGCUCAUCUCAUGCUUGGGUGUCUCAAAUGAAGGAAUUGAGGAGGCAACAAAGGAAUUCCCUCUUCUUGAGGAGCUUGAGCUCUCAUUCUGCUACAAUGUUACUCAUGAGGCGUAUGCGGCUAUCGGCGCGGCAUGCCCACAGCUCAAGCGCUUCAGGCUUAGCAAACGAUCCUUCUAUGAUUCAGGAGGUAUCCGCUGGAAAAACAACGAUGAUGCUGGUGGAAUUUCAAAGAUGCACGGGCUACGCUCCCUGCAGCUCUUCGCCAAUAACCUCACAAAUGAAGGUCUCUCAACCAUCUUGGAUAACUGCCCCAACCUGGAGUCUCUUGACAUUCGCCAUUGCUUCAACAUCGACAUGGGCGCCGACUCCCUGCGAGCAAAAUGUAGCAGGAUCAAGAUGCUGAGGCCACCUGAUGACUCAACUGAUGACUAUGACUUCGAUGUGUACACUCCCAGGAGGCUCCCCAUCUCCCCCGGUUUUGUGCGGUAUUAUUCGGUGUAUUCUGAUCCGGAAUAUUCCAUGUACUCGGAUGAAUGGACGUCUGAGGAAUUUGAUGAUGAUGAUGAUGAUUAUUCCGGUCCUUCCCGCUACGAGGAAGAUCUUGACAAGUAUGAUAACGCGCUUCCCAGGUGCAUGAGGACGUUUCUGAAAUGAAGAACUGCAUGAUUUGAUCAAUGCGAGUGGAAUUUAUGUUGGAGUUCAACUAUUUUUUUCUGGGAAUAUUUUCUCCCUUUAGAUUCAUGUAAGUUCGUUCUGCACUCAUGUUAGUUGAUGAAUUUUAUGAACUAGUACUAUGUAGUACAUGGAAUAUUCUCUUCAAAGUAAUUAAUAAAUGUUCUCUUUAAAG